AAUACGAUAAAUAGUUAUUAUAUGAACGAUGCAACACGGAAAAGCAUGCGAGUUUUGUAAUGAAACGAAAGACAAUUUAAAGGCUUUAAAAUCGAAAUUAAUAUGCACAGAUUGUAUUAGAGAAAUUACUGGAAAUUUUAAAUCUUCCAUUGAUAAUCCGGAGAAGAUUGAAAAUAGACGGGAAAAUGAACAAUCGAAAAGAAACUCUAGCGAAGGGGAUGUAAAGUUCAAUGAAAACAUUUCGAAUUUGGCGAUAAAGGCGAAUAGGGUGUCUGUUGAUUUAAAUACUUUAGGAGAGUUAAACGUCGAUCCAGAAGUUAUGGAAGAAUUAUUGGAGAAGGUAGACGAAUCGGUAGGAAAAAUGGAAGAAUUACAAAAGGCAAUUAAUAAGUUCAAAGAGAGUGAAAAAUAGUUGAAUAGAUAUAGAAAGAGAGAGAGAGAGAGAGAGAGAGAGAGAGAAUUAUAGCACCUGCAUCCUGUCUUUGAUUGAAAAUUUUCAAACGCUUUCAAUACAUUGUAACAUGCGAAAAUUACUGAUAAGAUUCUUGAACAUACCUGCAUAUAAUUUUCUCGUUUUAUUAAAUAAUAUACAGUAUUAUUAAAAUUCUUUAGGAUCUUAUAGUCAAUAAAUAAGAAUAACAAUACCUAUUCCUUUUUAAUGAUUAGUUUUAAAA